AUGUCAGAUACAAUGCCCAUGCUGCAGAUCUUCGAUAGUGCCUGGUGGUCCCUGAUUGAUGUUGUUGAAACUCUCCGGCACAAGGACCAUGACCAGGGUCCAGCGAACCCCAAUGCAACCCACAAACGUUCUAUCGACUCACCCACAUCGUACCAUGCGAACCAUUUUUCAGAUGUUCUGGAAACAAGAGUGCCUUUCCGCAUGAGCGAACCGCGCCGACCGACGCGUUCUGGCCAAGACCGACAAAACACGACGCAAGAUACGAUCCGAGCGGCUGGUUUCAACAUCAGACGAUGUCAUUUUGCUACCAAGUUGAUCGCUGGUUCUGUAGCAAAUAUGAUUCCAGAGGCAUAG